CGGGCUUCUAGGAGCUCUAUCCCGCCGGUGUGGGUUCCCUUGCGACAUUGGGUCUUGCCACGAUACUCAGUAGUCCUCAAUGUCCGAACAGCCGUACAAGAUCGCCGUCGCGGACGAGGAUCUGAAUCUCUUGCAGCGUAAACUUGACCUCAUACGGUUCCCUGACGAGCUUGAGAAUGCCGGCUGGGACUAUGGGGUUCCCCUCUCCGACAUAGAACGCCUUGCCGCUCGAUGGAAAGAUGGCUACGACUGGAGGAAGUAUGAAGCAGAGUUGAACGAACUCCCCCAGUUUACCCGUGAUAUCGAAGUAGAAGGGUUCGGGACUUUGAAUAUUCAUUAUAUCCAUCAGAGGAGUCCCGAGGAGAACGCGAUCCCUCUGCUCUUCGUCCAUGGAUGGCCGGGCAGUUUCUUUGAAGCCCGCAAGAUUGUACCGCUACUCACAAGCAAGUCUGAACCGGAGCAUCCCAGCUUCCAUGUUGUCGUGAUGGGUCUACCGGGCUACGGAUUUUCUGAAGCUCCAAAGAAGAAAGGAUUCGCCCUUUCACAGUAUGCUGAGGUCGGGAACAAACUCAUGCUAGCUCUAGGUUAUGAUGAGUACGUAACUCAGGGUGGAGAUUGGGGUUAUGUUAUCACUCGUAAAAUGGCAAAGCUUUACGGCGGGAAAUAUGUCAAAGCUUGGCAUACUAAUUGCACUCUGGCGAGCCCCCCGAGCUUCACUCGCCACCCGGUCCUCGCAUUGAGCCAUUUCCUCCACACGUACACACCGUUCAGCCCUUACAACGAGUACGAACGCAAGGGACUCGAGCACACGAAUCAGUUCCGAACGAAAGGCAGCGGGUACUCCGCAGAGCAGGCUACCCAGCCUCAAACGCUAGGCUAUAGUCUGGCCGACUCGCCCGUGGGCUUGCUCGCGUGGAUCUACGAGAAACUUGUUCGUUGGACGGAUGGCUACAAGUGGGACGACGACGAGGUCCUCACCUGGAUUUCCAUAUACUGGUUUUCGAGAGCCGGGCCAGCAGCAUCUCUGCGUAUCUACUACGAGACUGUGAAGGAUCGUAGCAACCUAGACCUUGUCCCGGGUGUGCCCAUGGGGGUCUCUUAUUUCCCCGCGGAGCUCUUCGUUGUGCCCAAGUCAUGGAUGCGUACGGUCGGCGACGUCGUCUUCUUGGCCGAGCACCCUGGCGGCGGUCACUUUGCUGCUCACGAGAAGCCAGAUGAGCUCGUGGCGGACCUUAGGAAGAUGUUCGGCAAAGGUGGCCCAGCCUUCCAUGUCGUUCAAGGGAAGAGCGGCUACAGUGCUUAGCACUGGCUUACGAGCACGUCACCCGCCC